UAUUUGUAGACGUGUGCCAUAGUCUCAAACUCUCUUUUCUACGCACCUUUCUCAGAGCAUCAGUGUCUCACUUAAUGGCGAGCACAAACUAAUAACAACCCUCUUUAUUCUCGGAUUUUAUCCUCUGGAUUCAUUUUUCUCAAAGCCAGGACAUAUAAAGAGGACAGCAUGACCACAAAGGAGAAAAAGGGUCAUACAUACACUUUGGUAUUAAUGGUGACCUCUACAGCAAUCGGGGGAACUCUACAAUAUGGAUACAACCUGGCCAUAAUGAAUGCACCAACUGUUUUCAUUCAAAACUUUGUCAAUGAGACAUUUCUGGAGCGAUGGGGAAUACAGUUGGGGGUUUAUGAGGUCACACUCAUAUGGACCUUUAUCGUUUCCAUUUUCUCACUGGGUGGUUUUAUCGGGGCCCUGAUAGCAGGACCGAUGUCAAUACGUUUUGGGAGGAAGAAGACCAUGUUGCUGAACAAUGUCUUUCUCUUAUCAAGUUCAUUGCUUGCAUUGUUCAGCCGAACAGCUAAGUCAUUUGAGAUGAUUAUCAUCUCCAGAUUUUUGGUUGGCAUAAAUGCAGGCAUCAGUAUGAAUGUUCAGCCCAUGUAUUUUGGUGAGAGUGCACCAAAGCACUUACGGGGGGCUGUGUCCCUGUCCUCAGCUGUCUUCACUUCUUUUGGUCUGGUGUUGGGACAGGUGGUCAGUCUGAAAGAGUUGUUAGGUAGUGAGCCGUGUUGGCAGUAUUUAUUGGCUAGUAAUGCUAUCCCAGGUUUCAUCCAACUCCUCACCUUGCCAUGGUUUCCAGAAAGUCCCCGCUACCUUCUCAUUGACUGUGGAGACAAAGAGGCCUGCCUAAUGGCUCUUCGGCGUCUGCGAGGCUGUGAAGUGCAGAGAGAAGAGCUGGAUGAGAUUCUGCAAGAACAGAAUGAAACAAAGGGAGAAAGUGCCAAACAGCCGUGGGAUCUCUUCAGUGACCGCAGCGUCCGCUGGCAGCUCAUCACUGUGGCGGUCCUGAGCAGUGCCAUGCAACUGUGUGGUAAUGACUCGAUUUACUUCUAUGCAUCAUAUGUGUUCCAAGAAGCAGGUAUAUCUGCAGGACAGAUCCAGUAUGUGACCAUUGGCACCGGGAUGUGUGAAUUCUCCGCUUGCAUUAUAUGUAACCUGUUGAUAGAAAGGUUGGGUAGGAGGCUGAUGUUGAUGGGCGGCUAUAUUCUCAUGACAGGAUGGGCUGUAGUCUUCACUGUGGCUCUUUCACUUGAGAAUAUGGUUACCUGGAUGCCUUACCUGAGCAUGACUUGCAUCUUCACCUACAUUCUCAGCUUUGGCAUGGGACCAGCUGGGGUGACUGGAAUCCUCCCAACAGAGAUUUUUAACCAAAUAUCACGUCCUGCUGCCUACAUGACCGCUGGUUCUCUAAUGUGGCUGAAUCUCUUCAUUAUGGGGAUGAUCUUCCCUUUCCUCGUGAGCGGUUUAGGACAGUAUUGCUUUGUGCCGUUUGGGGCAGUAUGUCUCUUUACUUCUUUAUAUAUUCAGAUGGUUCUACCUGAAACCAAGGGAAAGAGCCUAUCGAUGAUCAAUAAAGAGUUUUACAGACUCAACUAUCGUGGAGAGGUGGAGAUGGAUAUAGAAGGAAAACAAGCUCAGUACCAGCUGGGGGAAAUCUUUCACUCCACUGCCUUAUAGAGUGUUAAAUAUUCUCACCAACUAAAUUGAUAUUUCUAGAAAAAUAUCUUUAAAAUGAUGCCGUAACUGUUCAUCAAACUGCAGUAAGUUUACAUCUUUGUACACGCAUUACAUGCUGAGUAAAUAUUGUAUUCUUCAUCGCUUGGCUUUUCUUACUUGAUUUAUCUAUAAGUCGUGCAUUACUUUAUUUAAGAAUAAGAUAAACAUGGAAAUUAAAUGAAAAUAGGUUCCCUGUAGCUCCGUUUGCCGUGACUCCCAUCAGAAAAAGAAAAACUACAUGUUUUUGUAGUUUUGUCAGCACACUUGAUACAGGAGAUGGUUUAAGAUUACACUUAGCUAAGUUGACUUUUAGGGUGUGCAGAUCUGCUGAAUGUUUUUCUUUAAGGUCAGUGUGACUCAGCAACACUCGUACACUGGCGAACCCCUGAAGCUAUUCUAUGGCAACAGAGAGCUUUAGUUCAUAGUAAACACAUGAUUCUGGCUGGUGUUUAGAACAGAUUAACAAGGCUAUUAUGCUAAAUCUGUUGCUUAUUUCUGCAAGAUUAUCUGCACAAAUGGCAACCGUACCUAAAGUUCUGCCAACUUUGAAAGGACAUACUGUUUUAGGUCACCAAUUACCUAGCUGACUCAUUUAACUAAUUUUGAACUGGACUGCGCUGUUAAAAAGCGAUAGACCUUGCCGUGCUAUUCUCAUACAUGAAAGUCGAUAGCCUACUGAAGUUGUUAUUUUUGUUAAAAAAAUAAAUAAAAUUCUGACAGUUAGCUUUUUUGCUAUUGUGAAAUUGGUUAGCUAUAAGUCAAGUUUAAUGCCAAUAAAUAUAUUCUGAAUAUAUUCUUUUGCAACUGAGAGUGAAUUUACAUCUAUAGUAUAUAGUAUUCUCAUCAUAUAAAACACUUCACCACAUGUGCGAAUUGAUGGAAAACAACAGAUCUACAUAAAUUUAAAGCAUUAAAAUACUUUAAAAAAGGUGUAAAUAAUUAAAACAUUUCAACAGAAUUGCAGAGUACUGUAUGUGGUACACAAUAACACUGUUUCAUAAUGUGCCUGCUUUUGUUUGUGCACGUUUUAAUCCAACUGUGUUUCUAACACACUUCCAUGUUUCUGUGCAUGCAGCAUGUGUGCGUUUGAACAGGUGUGUUUAUGGCUUCAGGCUUUCUCACGCUUUUUAAAAAGGGCUUUAGGUUGUUGGGUUUUUUAUGUUCAGCAUGGUUUCUUUUUUUAAAAUGCAACCAGGCUAAUAGCCUGCUUUGUUUUUUGCCUUUGCACAUACAAAAGCUUUCAUUUAUUAGGACAGCCUUUAUCUAUCACGUUUAGGUAAAUAAAGGAUGUAACAAAAAUCA